GAUUCCAAUACAAAUCUCCGCCACAAUGAAUAAUAUACCAAACGGUAUUAUUUCACACACACGCCGUGUCCAAAGCCUAUACAAGAGGGCUUUGCGUAAUUGCGAGGCCUGGUAUGAUCGCAGAGAAAUCUACCGCUAUCGUGCCGUACAAUUGCGUCAACGCUUCGAGGAGAAUCGCAAUGUGACGGAUAUGGCCAAGGCUGUGAAAUUGUUGGCUGCCGGUGAACAGGAAUUGUUCAAUACUCAGCAUUAUCAACCCAUUAAAUUGGCCAACAGUCCCGGUGGCUGUGCCUUUGAACGUGAGGUUGAGGCUCCCGAUUGGGUCUUGGACUACUGGCAUCCCUUGGAAAAGGCUCAAUAUCCCGAAUAUUUUGCCCAACGUGAACAACGUAAAAAGGAAUUCGUUGCCUGGUGGGAGAAACAAUACGGCAAACCUGAUCCCAAGGAUUUGCAUCAUUAGGA